GUACUUGGCCGGUGAGCGGUAGCGCUUACCACCCCGUAUACCUCAGGUACCUUGGGGCGUCGCUCUUAUAGUGCGAUUGAGCGUUGGCUGGCGAGGAGAUUUGUUUCGAUCAGUCGGGCGAUCGAACAUUGUUUGAGUCGAUGAUGGCUUCGACAUCCGGGGGUGCCCAGAUGGGCACCCGCAACGUGCCCUUCACGCCGAUUACGAGGCAGAAUUCGAUUUUUUCUUUAACCCUGGACGAAUUGCAGAACGCCAUCGACCCUGGGAAGCAUUUCGGGUCGAUGAAUAUGGACGAGUUUCUGAAGAAUGUUUGGUCCGCGGAAGAAAAUCAGACCAUGUCGCUGGCUAUUUCGACCAGCAACGAGAGCAACGCCCCGCAGUCCUCGUCGGCCACGGGAGGCGGACUAGCUCGCCAGGGAAGUUUAACGCACCCAGGAAGUUUGUCACUGUCGCGGACCCUUAGUCGGAAAACGGUCGAUGAGGUGUGGAGAGAUAUCCACCGCGUUCCCGAGCCCACUGCCAAGGAGCAACAGAGGGCCAAUAAUUAUGGGGAAAUGACCCUCGAGGACUUUCUCGUCAAAGCGGGCGUGGUGCGCGAGGAUUCCGAGUCCGGGAGCCCAGCUUCCAACAAUACCAACACUUUCACUGCACCGUUUGCUGCUCCGUUGGCAAGCCAGAAUCCCUUCCAUGGGCCUACGGUUCUGGCCCAAUCUACUCACCAAGCGGCCAUGGAAGCGGCCAUUGCACAUAAUCAGCAUCAGCAGCAUGUUGAAUGGCACAAUUAUCAGCUCAAAAGCAAUGCGAUGCAACAUCAGCAACAUGUGCUUCAACAACAAGCUCAAGAAGCAGCUGCAGCUUAUGCAAUGCCGAAGCGGGGACCUGUGAUCGCUCUCCCGGGAACUCCAUCCGGGAGUGGUUUAGAGGGAUCAUCUGAUGGGGGUUUGCAAGUAAACGGUCUUUCUCCAGCCAUCACCACACCGGACACUCCGAACCGGGGCAGGAAGCGUGGUCCAGAGUCCAUGCCAGAGAAGACAGUGGAGCGACGGCAGCGAAGAAUGAUAAAAAAUCGCGAAUCUGCCGCAAGAUCACGGGCGAGGAAGCAAGCCUAUACAGUAGAACUCGAGGCCGAAGUCAGCCAGUUGAAGGAGGAAAACAAUCGGCUGAGGAAGGAGAUGGAGGAAGCGUCAAAGAGAAAGCGGGAGGAGUUGUUGAUCCAGGAGGUACCGCCACGAAAGAACCAAGCCUUGCGGAGAAGUUGCUCAAUCUCUUGGUGACGAUUUUAAAGGUUUAAACCAACAAACAAUAUACAAUUUUCCAGCACAUCUGUGUUCAGCCUCAAACAUUCUUCUCUCUCAUUUCUUCGUACGGUCCCGAAUUGAUCCUUGAAAAUGAUCAGGUUGGUCAGGUUGGUUGAAGUUGAGGAUUUGAUCGAGAGCUUUUCUUAUCUUAAAUCUGUUUCUGCCCUUAGGUAUGAUACUCGCCUGUCAAACACACCAGUCCCUCAGAAAGUAAGUAGAGUGGUGUAACAAGUGUAUAGUUCUUCCGAGUUAUAUUGUCAAAAAGUAGGCGUACACAUUUUCUCCUAAAGGACUGAGAAUGUGUGCUUAGGUCAGUAGUAACAGUAGCAGGUUAGCUGUUCAAAGUACCGAUAGAGAAUCAGGAGUAUUGCUUAGGUUUAUACAGUGGCAAUCCUCUAUAAUCACAAUAACGAAAUGUUUUUCCUCCUCGAGUGCCGAUUUAAGCUGGCCUUCAGAAAGGUUGUAUCUUGAGCUCAUCCUUUGUAUAGACACACUUCGCACUGUUGUUAAUUCAAAGCUUGCGUUCCUGGUUUAUUUUUCAGCGGC